AUGGUAUCUUCGAAUUGCUUCUUUUCGAUUGUAAAAAAAGUGGCUGUACUUAUUGUGCUUCUGGCCAUAAUUAUUCCCAUCUAUUAUAAUUCAACAAAUCCUGAACAUCUUGGAUUUCGUUUUCUUCACUCAUUAUUAUCAAUUAAGCAUGCACUUGUGCAUGAUGUAGAUCGGCCAAUGUUAAGUGCUGAGUAUCGAGCUUUCGAAAGUAUACUUCAAAGAAGACCUAUUUUUCAAAUUGAUCCAGAUCUUGAUUCCUUUGAACUAGCAAAACAGAUACGUGCAUCAUUUUCACUUGAUACUUUUGUUCCUCGUUCUUCUACAUGUCAGGUAGACAAACAUUUAUAUGAAUAUGAGGGACAUGCAGUCGAUGCACAUUGGAUUCAUCACAACAGAACUAAGCCGAAAUUGGAUGCUGAUCGAAUCAUACUUUAUUUUCAUGGUGGAGGUUACAUAGCAGGAGAUAUACAAGCUUACAGCGGUUUCGAAUGUCAUUUAUCUCGACUUUUUAAUGCCACUGUUAUUCAUUUGGAGUAUCGUCUCGCUCCUGAGCAUCCACUGCCAGCAGCGGUUGAUGAUGCACUCACAUUAUAUACUGCACUUCUUCUUGAUGAUAUUCCUGCUUCACAUCUGGUCAUUAUGGGAGAUUCAGCUGGGGGUGGUCUCACUCUAUUGACGAUUCAAGCUAUUCUUGCUCGUCAACUACCAAUACCUCGUGCCGCUAUUACACUUUCUCCAUGGACAGAUUUCUCGGCGUCUAGUGAAAGCCAUAUCCGAAACCGGUUUACUGACUUAAUGAUUCGAGCCGAAAGUAUUGCAUGGAGUAUACAACACGUAUUGGGCCCGAAUCAUGAACAAAUAGCUCGAGAUGACCCAUCACAUAGUCCACUCUAUGGUUCAUUCAAAGGAUUUCCACCACUUUAUAUCACAGUUGGUACAGCAGAGCUCUUGGAGGAUGAUUCUAGACGCGUAACUGGUAAAGCGCGUACCGAAGGAGUUGAUGUAACAUUAGAAGCUGGCCAAAAUUUAAUGCAUGUUCAUCCUCUUUUCUUUUCCUUUUUUCCUGAAGCAAGAGAUACACUGGACAAUAUUCGACGAUGGCUCGAAUCGAAAUUCCCAUGA